UUCUUCGCGCAGACGAUUUCUACACGCUCAGAACUCUCGGAGGAUUCAUCGAGAGCGGUCCUUUAAAGCUCUCUCCAUUCUUCUUAGCAAACAUCGUUUGCACGUGGAGGAAAAUCGUUUGCAUUAAGAAUAUUUUUACUUUCGCAUUGUCUGCAUUCGAAAUUGUUUCAUUAGGAGAUUAUUUUUAAGCAUUUUUUUUAAAAAGUGGAUUUGACAGACAUGUAUCGUCUGUUGAUUAUAGGAUUGGCGAUUAUCGCAUGCUGUUGGGGCAUUGAAGAAUUAGAGACGGACCCUCGCUCGUUCCCUCAAUCUUUUCCCGGACGGUGCCGGCGAAUACCGCCUGGUGUUACGGCCCCUAAGCAACCUGGUGAUAACGGAUUCUUCAUAAAAAUUUCUGGGUAUCCGGAAAAGUAUGUUCCUGGCGAACUUUACACAGUAACUCUGCAGGGAUAUACGACGCAAUUUGCUGUGCAGAAGUUUAUCGGCUUCAUGUUGAUCGUGGAGCCAAAAGAGAUCAAAAAUGACAUAACAGCGAGACCAGAUGUAGGAUCUUUUCAGUUAUUUGGAGACGCCAUGUGCAAGUAUUCAGAGGAGUGUCCGAAUGCCAUAGUGCAUGCUUCUCUCAUUCCUAAGCAGGACAUCCAGGUGAUGUGGAAGGCGCCACCUGCUGGAACGGGAUGCGUCGUCUUCAAGGCCAUGGUUCAAGAGAACAGAGAACUUUGGUACAUGGACGAAGGUGGUCUUAUUCGAGAAUUGUGUGAGGAAGAACAGGAAAACCAAGACGAACAACCUGAGAUCAUCGAGGACUGCUGUGCCUGCGACGAAGCCAAAUACGAGCUCACCUUCGAAGGCUUAUGGUCCAGACACACCCAUCCCAAGGAUUUCCCAGGAAAUGAGUGGUUGACACACUUCUCGGAUAUUAUUGGAGCCUCCCAUACUGGCGAUUUCCGCAUGUGGGAAUAUGGAGGAUACGCCUCUGAAGGCGUCAAAGAAGUGGGUGAAAGAGGCAUUACCAAGAGGCUGGAGUCCGAACUGAAAACAGAUUCAAACAAGAUCCGCACCAUUAUCAAAGCCCGAGGUCUGUGGUACCCCAAUGUUCAAGGGAAGACUUUUGCUGUGUUCCGUGUUGACAAGUUCCACCACCUCAUGUCUCUCCUGUCCAUGUUAGGUCCCAGCCCUGACUGGAUAGUGGGUGUAAGUGCGCUUGAACUCUGCCUCAAAAACUGUUCCUGGGUCACCGAGAAGGUCAUGAAUCUCUACCCCUGGGACGCAGGGACGGACAGCGGAAUGACAUACAUUAGUCCAAAGAUGCCCACAGUUCCUCAGGAGAAGAUUAGGCGAAUCACUUCCUCCACACCAAACAAUCCUCAGUCCCCAUUCUACGACCCAUCCGGUCAACCGAUGAAACCUGUUGCCAGACUGACCGUAACUCGACAGAGGGUGUAUGAUAAGAACUGCGAGGACUACGAGGUAGCGGGCUUUUCCACCACCCCCUACAGCAGCGAAGACGAGCAGGAUGAGAGAAUGGAGUGUCGUGUAAGUGACUGGACGGACUUCCAGCCUUGCAGCGUAACCUGUGGCCAUGGCUUCAAAAUGAGAUCACGACAAUAUUUCAUGAAACAAAAAGCAGAAAUGGCAGGAUGCACAGUACAGUUAGUGGACAAGGAACCAUGUAAUGCACCUUGCGUUGGAGAUGUGAGUUGUCGAACUUCUGACUGGGGCGAAUGGUCCGAAUGCAGUGUCACCUGUGGCAAGGGUCUUCGCACGCGCAGUCGCAAGUACUUGGACAGCCGAGCUCGAAAGACAUGCGCCUUGGAACUGAUGGAGAAAGAAACAUGCAUGGGCAUGAAGCCCGUGUGCGAACCAGAUCACAGACCGCGUAGGAGGAAUGGUAGGCGAAAGUUCAAGGACGAUGUAAGACAGAACGAACAAGCAAUUCCAGAAACCACCAUUCAAUCAGCUGAUCCGAAAUGUGCUGUGACUCAUUGGUCCGAGUGGUCACCAUGUACGGUGACCUGUGGAAAAGGAUUAAAAGUCCGAACGAGAUUGUAUUUGAGUCCAGCUGCUCUAAGCAUGUGCAAUGUGGAACUCAUGCAGAAAGCACCCUGUACAGCGGACAAGCCGGAUUGCACAGUCAAUCUGAUUGAAGCUAAAAAGAACUGCAUGCAGCCGAAAGAAGUAGGCCCCUGCAGAGGCUAUUUUCCCCGUUGGUACUACGACGUCAGUCGCACCAUGUGCCUUCAGUUUAUCUAUGGGGGCUGCAGGGGUAACAGCAACAACUUCGACCGCUAUGCCGACUGCCACAGGAUGUGUGAAACCAUGCUGAGAGACUAUGUACGAGCUUCGCUGCCUCCUUCUGCGAUUGCCUACGCCUAUGCCAUGAAGGAUGCCAAAGUUCAUCUGGAGAAAGGACUCGUCUGUGCUCCCUUAAGUGCUCUCACACCUCUGUCGACCUCCCCCGCCAUGCCUCUGGACAACAAGGAUCAACCCCCAGUCAUCGACUGUGUGGUUACUCCCUGGUCAGAGUGGUCCUCCUGUUCGCUGACGUGUGGAAACGGGCGCAAGGAACGCAGACGUAUGAUCAAGUUGAAUCCUGAGAACGGUGGAAAAGCUUGUCCUGCCAAACUGGUGCAGAGGAGGAAAUGCAAGGAUAAUCCACCAUGCCCCGAUAGAAUGAGGGAUAAAGAAGCCGUUGACUGCCAAUUGAAUCCGUGGUCCGAUUGGACACCUUGCUCCAAAACUUGUGGCCAAGGAGUUGUACAGCAACGAACAAAGACUGUCAAGGUGCCACCCAAGAAUAACGGUGCAGCCUGUGGACCCAAAAUAGAGAGGAAGUACUGCACUCUGCCACCUUGCCCACUGUACUAAAUUUAUUUGGCUUUUCUAGUUCGUGGAAACUAGAAAAGAAGGCUGGUGUAUUGGAGCGGAAGCAGAGGCAUCUACAUAUCACUGAAUUGUCAACAUCAUCAUGGAUAAGACUCCUGUACAUAAAAGUCUCAUGUAACUGUGUGCGUAGAUUUGUCUGAGAAAAACAAGAAUUGGUCUUUCAGCUACUUACAAACCAAGAACUAAAAUAAAUCUUUACAAAGUGAGCAGGAGAAAUGGCGAACUUACUUUUUUCAAUUCAUCGCUUGAAAAUAUUUUGGAGCAACCAAAGCUGCUUAUUAUGUCCUAGAUAUAUUGUGUCGCUCUAGAGCUCCAUUCAAAUAUUGUGUAAAAUUAAAUAGCUAUUUGUCAUUAUUUCUGCAUUUGUGACUCAAUAGAGAUAUUUGUAAAAUUCGCAUUUUGAUAAUUGGUGCAUGUUUCUUUUGAUGAAACAAACUGAAUUAAUCAGUUUACUGACGGAACUGUCUCAGACAUAAAAGAAUUACUUUCUAAUCUGUUGCCAUGGGAACUGGGUUUUCAUCCAUUUUCAGUAGGUAAUGGUAGGAAUCUGGCACUACAUAAAAACGUUGACAUCAAAUUAAUACUUUUAACAUUGCUUCUCCUACGUGAAAUGAAACGAUUCUGUUUCUAUGACAACUGCCAGAACAGGAGAGUUUAUGUCUGGGAAAGUUCCCACGACAAACGAUCUGUGUUGAUUCGUAGUUCCAUACGAUAAUAGAAAGAUUUAAAAAAAGGGAACUUUUGAAAUUUCUUAUUGUAGAUAUUUUAGCAUUGCAGAAGUUGCUAAAACCACUUCUACGACAUGUCUUCCUUGUAAAUUUUAAAGAUUGAUCUUUAAUUAUUUUUUGAAUAUAUAUGGCGUUUGAAUCUGGUAAUAUCAUUUUAAAUAUCACGCGUUUUUUACUGUUUUUCUUGAACAUUGCGUCAAGAUGAAAGAAUCAUGGAUACAAUUUCGUACUUUAGAUAGGAAUGAAAUUAAUAUAGUAAAUACGGAGUUGUAUAUCCUUUUUUUUUUUUUCAUUCGCGAUUGAUUUAUUGUAAAAAAGAAUCAGAUCAGUUAGAUAUGAAUUAAUAAAAAGUAAAUGCAUUUAGCCUUUAUAAAAAAAAUACAAAUACGCUAUAUUCAUAAGGGAAAAAAUAUUCAAAAGUAAUUUAUUUGUUUCUAUAAUAAUAGAAAUACUUAUAACAGCGUUUUCGAUUUAUAUUGGUUUAUUUCAUUGAAUAAAUUAAUAAUCAAAAUAUUCUAUUAUGAUUACUUUUGAUAUUGUUUUACAUUUUAAAUAACAAUAAUAAGAGUAUUUAUAAUCUUUACAACUCUUUUGAAAUUUGAAACUAAUUAGCCGAUUUUCUUUUUUUUUUUUUUUUUGAAAAUAUUUUUAUGUGUUAAAUUUUAAAUCCUUGUGCAGGAAGUUAAAGCGUGAAAUAAAUCUUCAUAUGAUCUCUUUAGUUUUAUCGAAGCGUUUCUUUAUGGAAUUCUAACGUCAUUUUGCAUUGAAGAACUGUGCAUACGUAUUUAAUCAGUUUUGUUAUAGCUAUAGGGCUGAAAGAAUGUGUAACAUUGAUGUUGUUGCUGUUUUCCAGUUAAAGCUCGUUCAUAUAUAUAUUACAAAUUUUAGAGUCUAGUUAAAUAUAUAAUGAUUUUAUAAGAGAAAUUUAAAAUUCAGUGGCUUCUUGUAAGAUGUUUUUUUACCCGCAACAUCUUUGGUGUAUUCUACAUUUUUAAUCCAGAUUGCUUUUAUAUAACUGUACUAUUCAUUUGCUUUCUUGAAGUAAGAUGAUUUUGUUUUCUUCUGAACUUUUAUGACUUUUCAGUGUUUUAUUCUUUCUCUCAUGGUUGCAUUUUAUUGAAUUCUACUGUAUAUGUAUUUUGUAAGAGAUGUGAGAUUUAGUUUCUAUUUCUGUGUAAUUAUGUUGCAUAUCGCUGAGUAACUGCAACCUGGCCACCACUGAAGAUCAUCUACGAAGUAAAAUGGCGGAUGACUGGCGAUAAGAAUGAUGACGAUGCAUCUUAUUGGUCACCGUCUUCGCUCGUAGAUGUUUUCUGACAUGUCUUCCUUAGUUACUGUCAUCAAAAAUAUUUAUCAUUUGUAUUGUAGCUAAAUAAAGUUUGAUCUUAGAUUUUUCAAA